GCCAGGCCCCCGGCCGCGGCCCGCAGUUCCCGGAAGAUGCAGCAGCCGCAGCGGGCCGGGCUGGCGCUCGGGCCCGGGGCUCGGCUCCCCCUGGGCGCCGCCCUGGCCAGCGCCAGCGUGGUGGUGAAGGCCCUGUGCGCCUCGGUGCUGCUGCUCUACCUGCUCUCCUUCGCGCUGGACACAGGCGUGGGCUUGGCCGUGACCCCCGGCUACCUCUUCCCGCCUAACUUCUGGGUGUGGACCUUGGUCACGCACGGGCUGGUGGAGCUGCACGCGUGGGACGUUGCUCUGAGCCUGGCCACGGUGGUAGCGGCGGGCCAGCUGCUGGAGCCGCUCUGGGGGGCCCUGGAGCUGCUGGUUUUCUUCGGCGUGGUGAACGUGUCCGUGGGGCUGCUGGGCGCCCUGGCCUACCUGCUCACCUAUAUGGCCUCCUUCAACCUGGCCUACCUGUUCACCGUGCGCAUCCACGGGGUGCUGGGCUUCCUGGGCGGCGUCCUGGUGGCCCUCAAGCAGACCAUGGGGGACAGCGUGGUGCUGAAGGUGCCCCAGGUGCGGAUGCGCGCGGUGCCCAUGCUGCUGCUGGUCUCGCUCGCGGCGCUGCGCCUCACCCCGCUGGUGGAGAGCAGCGCCCUGGCUUCGUACGGCUUCGGCGCCCUCUCUGGCUGGGUGUACUUGCGCUUCUACCAGCGCCACAGCCGGGGCCGGGGGGACAUGUCGGACCACUUUGCCUUUGCCACCUUCUUCCCCGAAAUCCUGCAGCCUGUCGUGGCCCUGGUGGCAAACCUGGUGCACGGCUUGCUGGUGAAGGUGCGAGUCUGCAGAAAGACUGUGAAGCGCUAUGAUGUAGGGGCGCCUUCCUCCAUCACCAUCAGCCUCCCGGGCACAGACCCUCAGGAUGCCGAGCGCAGAAGGCAGCUGGCCCUGAAGGCCCUAAAUGAGCGUUUGAAGCGAGUAGAAGACCAGUCUGCCUGGCCCAGCAUGGAGGAUGAGGAGGAUGAGCCUUCGAGCAAGGUGGACAGCCCCCUGCUCCCUGAGAAAAGUCCCAACCCCUCUGGGAAAGGGGCUGCCCCUGAAUCCAGCCUGAUCACCUUUGAGGAAGCCCCUCCCCAGCUAUAAUUCCGACUUCCCAGCCUAAGGGCACAUUCCCUUUCCCCAGCCUGGUCAGUAGUCACACCAUUUGGGCCACCCUGCUGCCUCUCCCGCUCAGCUACACACAGAAGCUGACUGCUUCCCAAGGAGAGAAGGCAAAGAGGGAAGCCUUUUUAGGUCCAUGGGGUCGCACUGUGUGCUGAUUCUUCUGGACAUGUGGCCCCUACCAACACCAUGCCCCUAAGGCCUGGCUCACCCACCAGAUAACCACUAAGUCCAGGAGCAGGGAGCAUGUGGCCCGAGGCCUGGCCCAAGUUUCAGCCUCAUGAUCCCAGUUGACUGGUUUGGAAACCAGAUCCAGUGGGUUAACCUUAUUCCUCCGAUUCUGUGGCAGAUCUUUCUUAGUAGAGCAGUCCCUCUUCCUGGCCUCUGCUACCAGGCAAAGAUUUGUCAAAAAAGAAUUCUGGGGAUCCUAGCAGCAGGCCCAAGGCUGGAUGUGACAAGGCCAGUUCCAGGGCACCUCUGCCACCCUGCCAUUCCUCACCCCUCCACCCCAGAGACAUGUUAGUAUUGCAGUUUGGUUUUCCCUCGGCUGGGGUUGGGCAGUACAUGAGUGACGCUGGCACGGCCUUCAUCCCCAGAUCUGGGGUCUCUCCAGAACAGGCACUUCUGUUGGGGUUAAAAUUCAUGGGGGUUAUUUUUUAAAAGGACCACUUGAAUGGGGAGCCUGGACUCUCAGUAUAAAUAAAGCAGUUCUUUGA